AUGGCACGCCAGCACACGCCAGCUCGACCUAAGCAAAGGGGAGCCAGCAAUCAUAAAGUGAGGACUGGCACCGCCACGGCGCCGAGCGUCAGCAUACUACUUUACUUCCUGAUGCAAUCAGUUACACCUCCACCUCUGACGACAUCACCGCUGAUUGCAACACGCAACUCCCGUCAACCCGCAUUGCGCGUCAAGAAAACGCGCGGCUCGAAGACAGUCAAGAUCUACAAGGGAUUCAGAUACACAAAGUCUUGGGCGUCUACAAAGAACAUAGUGUACCGGUGCAGCACCUAUCGUACUUUGCGCUGCGGCGGAGUGUUAAAGAUAACACCCCAUGGUGAAUGGAGCGUGGUAGGCGACCACAACUGCCGUAAUGAUGUGAUAGCGAACGGGUCGUUAAGGAAUGAGACCGUUGCUAUGAAGAAGAUGACCGACCGCCUCGCUACGGAGGACCCUGGCAUGCCGGAGGAAGAUAUUUGGGAGCGUGUCUGUGCUGAGUUCUACGGACCCAAUCGCGAAGAGCUGAUUGAAGCUUUAACCGAGGAGCAAGUUAAAAGCCGCAUCCGCCGAGUUCGCCGCCGUUAUUAUGGUGGAGCCAUCCACGGUAUAGUCGAGGUACCACCGUGCUCCAAGGUCAAGGACUCGGAGAUCCCGUUCUUUCGCUUCCAUCUAGUGGCCGCCCACCCUGAGCCGAAUACUCCGCCCAACCGUAUUUUGGGGUGGGCUCAUCCUGCCCUAAAGGAACUCCUACUGUACAACAGUGUUUCUCUCUUUAUCGACGAGCGGUAUUUCAUCACUGAGUGGAAUGUAUUUGGUAUCACUAACUCCGUGGUAGCACGUACCAAUAACCUCUUAGAGAGGUUUAACCGCGAAAUGAAUGCGGCGUUCAAGCCCCACCCCAAUCUGCGCCAGUUUGUUUCGACGAUAGGGCGAAUGUCAAGUGCGUACGCAAGAAAGCAGGCCAACAUCACACAAGGACUUGCCCGAAAGAAACAGCGUCCACCUCGUAUUUCACUUCCACCGGUACCAGACUUGAUGGACUUUGAAGUGCCACCUGAGUUGGACAACGACGAUGCCAACCUUGACGAGUCUGACGAGUCCCUUGAGUCACUAUGUAGUGAUAUGGAGGGCAACUUAAUUCUGCGAUGGGAUUCAUCGUCGGACGAAGAGCCUACGGUCAAUGCUGCUGCAGCUGCAGCUGCGGAAGGUUCGGAACAGGAGAUCGUAGAGGCCGCCAAUCAUUACGACUUCAGCCUGGACUGGGAUGGAGAUCAAAAGUCCGACGAGGAGAGCAGUUCAGAAGAGGAUUAA